UAAACAGCCACCCUAGCAAUCCACCAAGUGCACACUGACACACACACACACACACAAACGGGACAUACAGAAGGGAGAGGGUGUGUGUUUGUGUGAGUAAGAAAGAGUGGGAGACCAAAUCCAAGAGGCAACAGGAGACAGAAACAGCAAGACAAAGAAGAAGACACAGAGCCAACAUUUUGAGUGAUUUUAACAGGCAGUUAUGGGCCUACAGUGAAGAAAUUAUAAGGACCGAGAUACUGAGUAAUGGAACUUGACUGACCGGUCCACCUGUUUGACACUUGAGGCUAUUGUUGGAAGAUUGAUCUCUGGAUAUGAGGACCGCACUUCACUGAACUUUUGAUACACUGGACAACUUGGGGACUGAAGAGAGACAGCAAAGGAAAACCAAUAUUUUGGAGGACAUACACCACAGCUUUGAGUAAGACCAGGAUCAAAUUCUUAAUCUCUAAAACUCUAAAAAAAAAAAUUAAAAACACUACGAAAGGACUGAUACCAGUGGUGUAUAAUUUACAGAAAUGAGUUUCUAUAUGCAACAUUUAUAGACUAUAGCAGUCAAGUAGACACAUUACUAAAAAAAAUAAAAUAAUAAAACCUAGCCAUUAAAAAAUAUAUCUUAUUUCAAGGUCUUAAUAAGCAUCCUUUCCUAUUACAAGCUACUGUAAAACUUCUACACAACAGUGUCUAAAUGUAACUUAAGCACACCACUGUAAUUACAAAGCAAGCUCAGGGAAAAAUUACAGACAUUUGUAAUUAAGGACCAUCUAUAAAAGGCAACCAAGGAAAGGGUGAGGUCUGCGACUUGUGCCGCAAGGACAUCAAAACUGAGAACAGGAACAGCUGCUUCUGCGGGGACAACACAAACCAUGGAUUCUAAUGGAGGACACUACCUCAACAAAGAAGCUGUGCUGUCACCUUUAGGUGCAGCCCGAAUGUGCCAGCUGCUACUCGGUUGCACCAUAAUGGCCCUUGUGUCCCACAGCGCAGGCUACAGCGCCACCUAUGGAACCUUCUGCAUGUUUGUGUGGUGCUUCUGCUUUGCCGUCACACUGCUUGUGUUCACGUUGGACAUUACGCGACUCCACACAUGCAUGCCCAUAUCCUGGGAUAACUUCACUGUGGCCUUUGCCAUGCUGGCAACGCUCAUGUACAUCACUGCCUCUGUGGUCUACCCAGUUUACUUCCUCCAAACAGAUUGUCCCGAUGAGGGUUGUGAAGUCCAAAUGUACCGCAUUGCUGUGACUGUAUGCUCCAGUGUCUGCUGCUUCCCAUACGGUGCUGAGGUGUUCCUUACUCGGGCCAAACCAGGUGCUGUGGUGGGUUACAUGGCCACUGUGUCUGGUCUACUCAAGGUGGUCCAGGGUUUUGUGGCCUGUAUUAUUUUUGGAGCCCUGGCCAAUGACAGUGAGUACAACCUCUACAUUGCCACCCAGUACUGCGUAGUGGUGUACAGCCUUUGCUUCUCCGUAACGGUCAUAGUGGUUAUACUGACAGUUUCUGGCAGGACCUCGGCUCUGCGGUUCCCCUUUGACCGGUUCGUGGUUGUCUACACCUUCUUCGCUGUGGUCCUCUACCUCAGCACUGCACUGAUCUGGCCCAUCUUCAGCUUUGACAAGAAGUACGGUACCACUACUCGUCCUGAGGACUGCCCACGUGGAGACUGUCCUUGGGACAGUAAGCUGGUGGUGGCAGUUUUCACCAACGUCAACAUGAUCUUGUAUUUUGUUGAUCUUGUUUACUCCCAGAGGAUCCGCUUCGUCUCUAGCUCUGCUGUCUAAAAAAAACAUGCCCUUCUCAAGACUUUUUAGCCUCAAAGACAAAUAAAGACAAAUUGGGGCCACAUGCUCUCCACAGCCUUGUGCCUGUGAAGGACUCAUACCCUUGGAUACAUAAAUUCAUGGUGUUGUAUGCAUGUAUGAAUUUUUUUUUAUUAUCAAUAUUUGUCUAGAAUUGAGCCUGUAGGCAACAAAGCUGUCAGUAUUGCCACAAACUUAAAGGCCUUUCUCCAGUUCUGCAGUGACCUACCAGGGAGAGCAUGCCAGGUGCGCUGAUGAGCUGAUCUCAGCAACUUUGUCCACAGAAGACCCUAGGAAACAUCAAAUACAGAAUCCUUUGGUGGUCACAUUCAGGAUGGAGCUAUAGGAGUGCGGGAUAAUGUUUAGAAUAUCAGAACAGGGUUAUGUAAGUCAGACUUACAGACUCAGCAAUUUAUUUAAGUAUUAAUGUAUGUGUUAAAAUGUAUUUAAACACUAUGAAUGACGAUUAAAAUAUAUCUCAUUGAGAUGCAUAGCAUAUGUUAGGUCUACAGUAUGCACUGAGCAUAGCUUUUGAUUUGAUUGGAUUGGUUUUUUUUGACAUCACAAAAUAGUCUACCAUGUCAAACAAUACAUAUUCAUUGAAAAUGUCAACGAUAAUAUUAAAAAAGUUUUUAAAAAAACACACUUACUUCCAUUGUGGUCCUCUUUCCAGGAAGACAAAGAUGACAAUAUGAGUCUGAACCAACACAUAGGCUACAUUAAACUACAAUACAUCCUUUCCUACACAAGUAAAGUGUUUUUUGGCUCUCAAGCCAUUUUAUUGUAUCCUUGUACUCAUAAUGCCAAAUAAUGAAGGCUUUUUUUUCUCUUCUGUUAUCCAUUGAAUGUUAAAUGUAUCUGAUACAUACAUUUUUGAAGGCAAAAACAGUAUUCAACAGUAUUAAACGGAUUAUUUGGGAUAAGCACAAACCUGUAGUGUAAUAUUUCUUCUUUUGCUAUGUUUCUGAUGUAUUCCCUGUUUAAUAAAAUAUCAAACGUUG